GUCUCCUAUAUCAUCAUCAUCAUCAUCAUCAUCCUCCAUUAAUCCCCACUCUCUCCAUUUCCCCCAUUGUUGCUCUUCUUCUUCUGCAACAAUGCCUAUUCCCUUCCUUUCUCUACUCUUGUUUCCCUUUUUCCUCUCACUCUCAAGUGCAGAAAUCUCCAGCCUCGUCGGAAUCAACUACGGUCAGCUCGGCAACAACCUCCCUUCCCCCUCCCAUUCCGUCAAUUUAAUCAAAUCCCUAAACGCCCAAAUCGUUAAAAUCUACGACGCAAAUCCCCAAAUCCUCAAUGCCCUCAAAAACACCGAUCUACGAGUCUCCGUCAUGGUUCCUAACGAACUCAUCAUCAACAUUUCUUCUAACCAGAACCUCGCCGACCAAUGGGUUCGGACCAAUAUCCUCCCUUUCUACCCCCAAAUCAAAAUCCGUUACCUCCUCGUCGGUAACGAAAUCAUCUCCUCCACUGCAAAUCAAACCUGGUUCAGUUUAGUGCCGGCGAUGCGCCGAAUCAAACAUUCUCUGAAAACUUACGGGAUUCAUAAAGUGAAAGUCGGAACAUCCUCUGCUAUGGAUGUUCUUCAAUCCUCUUUUCCGCCCUCGAAUGGGACAUUCCGGGAGGAUAUUGCCGAUCGUGUUAUGAGACCGAUGUUGCAGUUUCUUAACCGGACGAAAUCGUUCUACUUCCUUGAUGUAUAUCCGUAUUUCCCUUGGUCUUCCGAUUCAGUUAACAUUAAACUCGAUUAUGCUCUGUUUGAAUCGAAGAACAUUACGUAUUCGGAUCCGGUUUCGGGCUUGGUUUACACGAAUCUCUUCGAUCAAAUGGUGGAUUCGGUGAUUUUCGCUAUGAAACGUCUCGGCUUCCCCGACAUUCGAGUAUUCAUCGCCGAAACCGGUUGGCCUAACGGCGGCGAUUACGACCAAAUCGGGGCCAACAUUCACAAUGCGGCCGUGUACAACCGGAACAUCGUGAAACGAAUGACUUCGAAGCCGCCGGUUGGUACACCGGCUCGACCGGGACGGGUGUUGCCGACGAUAAUAUUCUCUUUGUAUAAUGAGAAUGAGAAAGGGGGGUCCGGUACGGAGAGGCAUUUCGGACUGUUGUACCCGAGCGGAAAGGCGGUUUAUGAGAUGGAUUUGAGUGGGUCGACAGCGGAGACAAAGUUUAAGCCGCUGCCGGAGGCGGAGACGAAUGAACCGUACAAGGGGAGGAUUUGGUGCGUAGUGGGGAAGGGGGUGAAUAUGAGUGAGGUUGUUGGGGCUUUAUCGUACGCUUGCUCGCAGGGAAAUAAGACGUGUGAACCGAUCAGGAAGGGGGGUCCGUGUUAUGAACCGGAUUCUUUAAAAACGCAUGCGAGUUUUGCGUUUAGUUCGUACUGGGCCCAGUUUAGAAAGAUUGGUGGGACCUGUUACUUUAAUGGCUUAGCAACUCAAACCAUCAAAGACCCAAGUUAUGGAAAAUGCAAGUUCCCAAGUGUGACAUUGCAAGGAUAAUAAGUUAUGAAUUUGAUGGUUGAAUUAUAGGAAAGGUGGUUUGGGCAUCCCAUUUUCCUUCUCUUUUUGUUUUUUUUUUUUUUUUUUUUUUAUAAUUAUCAAGGAAGGACAAAAGUGGAAAAAAAGAAAUGGUAUUAUUAUAAUUUUGGAAAAGUGGGUUUUAAUUUUAAUUUGAAUUCGUUGGGUGAGAAAUGAAAUGGGGUGCCCAAAUCAGCAUUGCUAAAUAUUAUUGACUAAUUCAUUCCACUUUCUUUUU